AUGGUACUGCCUCUUUUCAAGCUUGGAACACUAGCCCUAAGAACUAUCUCCAAACCCAUUGCUAAUAGGCUCAAAAAAGAGGCUGGCUUGCACCCCACGUUCCGCCAGUUCAUCAUCAAUAUUGCCCAGGCAAACCAUCGCUUCACAACGACAGUGCAAAGACGCUUAUAUGGACAUGCAACUAAUGCAUUGAUCCGCCCUCUGGAUGAAGGAAGAGCUGUUCAACUUGCUUCUGAACUUUUUGGGGAACUUUUUGUGUUCACGGUUGCAGGUAUUUUAUUGAUAUAUGAGGUGCAUAGAAGUUCUAGAGCAGAAGCUAGAAAGGAAGAAAAAAGGAAGCAAGAAAUGGAGGCACUGAAGCAAAAGAACAAAGAUUUAGAAAGAGAAUUGGAAGUUCUAAAGUACAGACAAUCUGCGCGAGGAAGAGGCUAUUUAGAUUUUGUCAAACUCUGGCAGGCCGGUACAUUGGAAGGACAUAAGUGGGGAAGACCUAGUUAUAUGAAUGCAAUAAUUAGGAAGGCUGUUCUUAAUAAACUAGUUUCGGAAGUAAGAGCAUUAAUGCUGUUAGAUGAUGUAUCAUAUGUUUCAUCUUGGUGA